UGUCGUAGUAUAGUUCUUCUUGGUCUUCUGCUUCUCUCUCUCUCUCUCUCCUUUCUCUCUCUUUCCAUCAUUUUCUCAGAAACCAAACAAACAGACUAACGCGACAAUGCCAAGUCGCGACCUCGCCGCGUCUAUUAACGCGUGCCAAACCACAAAGCCACCGCCAGCUCAUCGCAAUCGAUCUUCCCAUAGCUAGGGUUUUUUUUUUUUUUUUAUUUCUAUCUAAUUUUUUUGAGGUUUUUAAAUUUUUUUUUUGGUGUUUGGGGUUUUCUUUUUUUGAUUUUUUCGAAUUCGACAAAGGAAAGUGGAAUCGGUUCAAUUGUGGUGAGGUUAUGGAAGAGCGAGAAGCGCAAGCUUCGAGCUUCUAUAAGCCAUCGCUUGGAGAUGAGGGAGGAGGUGGAAGUGGAGCAAGGUUUGACCAAUCGGUGCGGGAGCUGGAGCUGAAGCUUAUGAACGUUGAUCAAUGCGAAACGAUUGGGGACUUGGACGAUUCUCAGCUCGUUGGAGCUGCGGAGACGAUCGUCGCUGUUCCUGCCGGGGCUGAUGGUUUGGGUAUGGGAAAAAAUGGUUUGAAUGAAGUGAAAUUGGCGGAGAAGAGUGUGGAGAAGCGGAAGAGAGGUCGGCCGCCUAGGGGACAGGGCAAGGCGGUGGCUCCGGUGAGAAAGAAGAAAGACGAGGAGGAUGUUUGUUUUAUAUGCUUCGAUGGUGGGAGUCUCGUGCUUUGUGAUCGCCGGGGCUGCCCCAAGGCAUAUCACCCGGCGUGCAUCAAGAGGGAUGAUGCAUUUUUUCGAUCAAGAGCUAAAUGGAAUUGUGGUUGGCAUAUAUGUAGCACUUGCCAGAAAGCUUCACAUUAUAUGUGCUAUACUUGUACGUAUUCUUUGUGUAAAGGAUGUACUAAAGAUGCUGAUUACGUUUGUGUUCGAGGAAACAAAGGAUUUUGCCAAACGUGCAUGAGAACAAUCAUGCUAAUUGAAAAGUUGCAAGUAAAUAAGGAAGCGGCUCAAGUGGAUUUUGAUGAUAAAAGUAGCUGGGAGUAUCUUUUCAAAGUCUACUGGGUUCUUUUAAAAGAUAAAUUAUCAUUGAAUAUAGAUGAGCUCUUGAAGGCUAAAAACCCAUGGAAAGGACCUGCACUUGUGGUUUCUAAUAUGAUAUCUUCCUUUGAAAAUUAUGGUGGAAAUGACGAUAAAAGUUUAGCUUUAGGCAACUCUUGUCCAGACCUUGUAGCCUCUAAUGCUAAAAGAAGAAAAAUUGAAAAAAAUCCUAAUGUUCUUACACAUGAGAAUUGUUUGCAUGAUGACAAAUCUGGCAGUGAUAUAGCAAAGCCUAUUCAGGCAGACCCAAAUUGGGCCUCGAAAGAGCUCCUGGAGUUCGUUGCUCAUAUGAGAAAUGGUGAUACAUCUGCGAUGACCCAGUUUGAUGUCCAAACUUUACUGCUCGAGUAUAUAAAGACAAACAAGCUUCGUGAUCCUCGUCAAAAAUGUCAAAUUGUUUGUGAUUCAAGGCUUUUAAACAUGUUUGGUAAAGCACGUGUUGGUCACUUUGAAAUGCUAAAGCUUCUUGAAUAUCAUUUUCUCGUAAAAGAAGAGUGUCCUGUGAACAAUGCUAUUAUGAAGGAAAUUGAUGAUUCUGUUGGUAGCCAGAUGGAAUCAGAUCAGAACUGUCAUAGUCAAAUUACAAUGAUUAAUGAUAAGAACCGCAAGAUACGCAGUAGGAGUGAUGAAAAAGGAUUGCCAACUAAUCUAGAUGCAUAUGCAGCAGUUGAUGUUCACAACAUUAGCUUAAUUUACUUACGGCAAAAUUUGUUGGAGAAAUUAGUUGAUGAUGCUGAAAAAUUCCAUGAGAAGGUUGUUGGCUCCAUUGUGCGAAUAAGACUUCCUAGUAAUGAUCAAAAGCCAGAUAUGCAUAGGCUUGUUCGUGUAGCAGGUACCAGUAAGAGUACAGAACCGUACAACAUUGGCACAAAGACAACUGAUGUCAUGCUCGAAAUCUUAAAUUUGGACAAGAGGGAGCUUGUAUCAAUUGAUGGGAUUUCAAAUCAGGAAUUCUCUCAGGAUGAGUGUGAACGUUUGCGCCAGAGUACUGAAUUUGGGCUCAUCAAGCGAUUUACAGUUGGUGAGAUCCAGAAUAAAGCAAUGCACCUUCAAGCAGUGAAAGUAAAUGAUUGGCUAGAGGCAGAGAUAUUGCGGCUUACUCAUCUUCGUGACCGAGCAAGUGAAAAGGGACACAGAAAAGAGCUGAGAGAAUGCGUGGAGAAAUUACAGCUUCUAAAUUCACCAGAGGAACGUAAGCGCAGACUGGAAGAGGUUCCUGUAGUGAAUUCUGACCCAAAGAUUGAUCUGAGCUAUGAGUUUGAUGACAAUGGUGAGAAAUUAGAUGAGGAAAAACAAGAUGAUAAAGUCAAACCAAAAAAAUCUGGCUUCAGUACAAAGAGAAAGGAUCCUAUCUCUUCUGGACAAGGAAGUGAUGUUUUGAUUAAUGGUGGAAGCAGUGCACUAAAUCAUUCAACCACCCCUAUUGAGCAAAGCAAGGAUAAUAUAGAAAUAGUUGGUAUAAAUGGUUUAAAUACCUCGAAGAACAGGGUUGAUCCUACUGGUACAGGUAUUGCUUGGAGUAAUCAAGCAGUGGUGGAGUCCGAUUUGUUUUCUGAUGCAUUGGAAGUUUUGACACUGGCUCUUUCCACAGGGACAAAUAAAUCUGUUAAUGAUUUUGAGAUAGACAAGAUAUGGCACUAUCAGGACCCAACUGGGAAGGUUCAAGGUCCAUUCUCUAUGCUACAUCUGCGGAAAUGGAGUGCAAGUGGAAUGUUCCCUCAGGAGUUGAGGAUAUGGAGGGUGAAUGAAAAACAAGAAAACUCUAUACUUUUGAUUGACGCAUUGACUGGCCAGUACUGUAAAGAGCAGUUAUUACCAUACAAUAGCCAUUCGCCACAGCAGGAAGUCAAGGAUUCUUCUGAUGGUAGAGGUAAUGAUGUGGAUGGCAGGCAGAACAAGAGCAUGAAUGCUAUUGCAGUAGAUGGUGAAAGAAUUGAGGAGAGCAAAAAUCGUGAGCAGGAUGAUCCGAGUAGGCCUCAUGAGGGUAACAAUGAAGCUGUAGGGAGUGAUGGAUUGGGCUCUCAUUUGUCUAACUGUACUACACUUGGAGGUCUCAAUUCCAGUGAGGGACAUAGUGGAAUUUUUCCGGAGGGCUGGGAGUCUUUAAAAGGUAAUCCAAUUUGGCCUAAUCAGCCCCAAGUAAGUAGUUCGUUGCCCACAUCUGUUUUUCACGAGAAUCAAACCUUUUUGCAUCAAAUAAGUAAAGAACAUGGAUCUGAAAGAAACUCUGGUCAGAGCAAUGAAAAUAUAACUCCGGAUUGUCAAACUAGAAAUAACCAGGUUUGUGAAAACCUAUCUGAGGGUGAAGGUCAUUCAGGUCAAUCUUCUGGUCAGAACUGGAGACCUCCAGUAAGUAGUCCUUCAAAUGGCUGGGAUUCCAAAGCUGGACUUAAUUCUGUGACCAAAUCAUUUGGAAUAUUAGAGAGAAAUCAGGAGGGAAUUCCAAAUCUGUCCACUUCCAACCAAAAGCCAAGUCAUGAGAGCUCAGGUCAGGUUGCUGAAAAGACUCAGUCUCCUUCAAGGGCUCCCGUUCAGGUUGCAGGUGUUAGCUGGAGCACUGCUUCUAGUCUAGUUAGUGGUGGUGCACAGCUACAUGAAGUAGCUGGUGAUUGGGUUGGAUAUUCUCCUAAUCCAGCCAAACCUUCUGUUGAGGAAUGGGACUCUAGUCUUGUCUCUGCAUCUUCUCUUAAGCCAGCCAAAGGCGAAAUUAUCAGUGAUCAUGCUGCCACUCCAGCUUCAAUUAGUGAUCAACUUACACACUCUUCGUCCUCUCAUCCUCAAUCUAAUGCAUCUAGUUGGCAUGAUUUAGUUCCCGAGCCCGAUGAAUUCAGUUCUCUACCUGAUGAAUCUGUUUCAGAUUUGCUAGCUGAAGUUGAAGCAAUGGAGACUCUACAUCGUUUGUCUUCCCCUGCAAUAAUGAGCCGUGGAGGUGAGUUAACUGAGGGUUCUAAAACUGACUGUCUCAGUUCUGUUGAGGAAUUUAGCCCAGCACCUGAGCCUGGAAAGGGUGAUGCUUUGAGCUCCACUGCUGACGUAAUCUUAACUCCUCAAUCAAAUGUUACAGAUGAAUCACAUGUUAGAGAUAAUGCAGGUGUAAUCAAUCGUGAAAAGAGGUCUGAAGGGCAUCCUUCAGUGAGUGUUGAUGUGGAAGUGGAUGCGAAGCACAGCGAUGUUUCAGUAAACCAAUUUGAAGCAACCCCAGAGAUUCAACCGUCUGCACCAUCAACAGCAGGUUGGGACGUGGCUAUGACAGAUGUCCCAUGGAAUGCAAGAUCCGAAAGCACCAACAACUGGGGAGCAGUUCCUGCAAAUGCAGAUAUGGGGGGCUGGCAAGGAGGAUUGGAGCAAGGAAAUGCUCUUAUGGAUUGGCGUAUUGGUCAGCCAACAACACAGGUAAACACAAGCAUGAAUUUAGUUACACCUGCGAGCACUAUGGGAAGCUAUCCAAGACAUGGCGGUGGAGAGAGAUUAUCUAGUCCAAGAGAUCGGGGUUUCCACGUUAGGGAUUCAGGUGCUAAUAGGAAUAGGCAUUUCUUGCACAGGCAGCCAUUUUAUGGCGGUGGCUACGGAGGAUCUCAGUCUAGGCCUCCCCCCAAGGGGCAGCGAGUUUGUAAAUUCUUCGAAAGUGGAUUCUGCAAGAAAGGUACACAAUGUAGUUACUGGCACCCAUGAUUUUGGGUUAGAUGCGGCAUCGGUUAGAUACAUUUGUUCUGUAUUAUCAUUAUUUGUAGUAGGGAAGCUUUGUUCUUACCAAUGUUGUAAUAUUAACCUGUAAAAGUAGCAGUCAGUCAUGUGGCAUAGUAUAUGAAUAUGUAUUUUUUUGGGAUAGCUUAGCGGGUCCAUAGUUUCCUGUUGUGGUGGACCCUUAAAUUCAUUUCUAUAAUGGGCAAAUGGAGCAGGUAAUGUCUGCCAUUAAUGCAUGGAAGAGUUUUUAACAUUAAGACCCUCUUCUCAUUGUGUAAGAAUUAUUUCAUCAACCAAGCACAAACAUUUCAUUUAAA